GCCAAGAAUUUCCCAUUCGGUGCACCCCUAGUGACAAUGCAGAAUUGUAAAGUUGAAUGUGCAUUGAAGUGGACAAUUGAGCGCAAUGAGCUGCAUAUCAUGUUUUAGUGUUUUUAAUCUGUUCAUCAGUAAGUUAAUCUUAAUAAAAUGUGAAUGCAUGAUAUAUAAUAAUGAUGGGUUUGAGAAACUUCCCCCACCCCCUCACUGACAUCCACGCACAAUGCAGACUUUGUGUUUGACUGCUAAUGAAAUGCACUCUCCUCUCUGCUGUGCCCCAGGCCCUCAGAAGCCACUCUCUAAGCAGCAAGAAAAGAGUGGUGACGCUGUCCAACCUGCAGGCCUGGACCUGGUACUGUGUGCGGGUCCAGUCACGCUACGACUUCUACAACAAGAGCAGCAGCUUCACCCCCCCACUCUGCACGCAGACUGAAGGAACCGUCCCGUGGUGGGAAAUAGUUUUGUACUUCCUGCUCUCUCUGGUGAUCUGUUUCUUGGUCGUGCUGCUCUUCAUCUACGGCUUCUAUCGGUGCUUCAAGAAAUUGAAGGCGACGUUUUACCCCUCCGUCCAGCUGCCUACCCCCUUCCAGUAUCUCUGUGACUCCUCUGGUUCUGACAUUCCUCGCCUCCUCCCCGAGUUCGACUCGGAGCUGUUGUGUGAUAAAGUGACGGUCUGCCCAGCCCCCCCACUUCUUGAGAUCCAUAGCCCGCCCCCCGAGUUCCUGCCCGAGCCAACGGGCCUGGAGCCAGACAGCAGCAGCAAACACAGUCGCAGCAGCAGUGGCAGCGGAGACUCCGGCAUGUACUCCACCGGGGGGGGCAGCUCCAACCUGCGGCAGCAGCACUACGGCCAGGACUCUCAGGGGCCCCUGGACUCGGAGCAGGUGAAGAUGCAGGACAUGGCUCCAGGGCUCAAGACACACCUCCUGGCUGCAGACGAGGGCAUCGUAGACAUGUGUGUGUGAGGAGGCACACACAAAGACGCUUCUUUUUACAAAAGCAUUAAGCAGAGAUAUUCAGUAGGAUGAAGGUUUGUGGAAAUGUGCAGCGUGCCUUCUCUCUGUCUGUCAGUGUGAAAAAAGAAAAGGAAAAAAGACUAAGAAAACAAAAGAUGAGUGACAGACUCAGGAGGAAGGACGUUUUUUUCACUGUUGAUACGUCUAUCUUCACAGAUCUUCAGAUCUACCUACUUGUUAGCGCCAACCAGAACUACUGCUCUGUGCUUAUUUUAAUAUUUUGUACAUUUCCUUUGUACAGCCUGUCCUCACCUUCAUGCUAUGAUUUGAGUUGUUUUUCAAAUCAUGUUUAUAUCUAUUACUUUCCUAUCGCUUUUAUGACUUAACAUAAGUAGCUUAUAGGUGCUAAUAAGAUAGCAUUAAUUAAAAUAAGCAGAAAAGUGGAAGUGGGACACUUUGUAUGGAGUCUUCUCACAAAAUAUGAUGACAUUAAUGCGAUGGAGAAAAUAAUAACAAAUAGCUGUAGAGUAAUGCUAAACAGCCCCACAGCUCCACAGCUCCACAGCGCCACAGCUCCACAGGCAGUGCUGGUCCCUGCCAGGGAAGAAGAAGGCCUGCAGACAUGGCGUCUCAAACAGCUUCCUCUGGGGACAAACUUUAGCCACUUUUGUUUUAUGUGUGUUAAACAAAAGAAACAAUGAGUUAGGAAACAUAUUUCUGGUGUUUGUUUGUUUUUUAUUUCUUCACACAAUCAGUAAAGUAAUUUAACCAGAUUUUAUACACAGAUAAAAGAUUAAUAACGACUCAUCUUAAAGUAACCUUUUCUUAUGUGAACUGUGUGAGGGAAGCUUGUAAUUAUAACUCAAGCUUUGGAAUCCAUGUAUGAUUCUUAUAGAAUCUUUGUACUAUACUCGUUUAAUUUGUUCAUAUUUAAUUUGUAUCAAAUCUUUUAUUUCUCAUUGGAGCUUUCUGCCUCUGUUCACACAUUUAUUUUUAAGUCUUAAGGAAGAGAACACAUCCAUACAGUCUGUAUGUUUUCCAUUACAUGUGUAUCUGUGUCCACAAAGACAGAAAGAAGCAAACAAGUUGUAAAUGUUGUGUACAGUUUAUUAAACAAGUUCCAUAACUUUGAUUUGCUUUAGGACAACACAUUUUCCUGGAUCUGCAGUGCUAAAGUAAGAUGUACUGGUGACAUUCAGAGGCAGCAAGUUUUGUAAGGAAACAAAACAAACUUCCUUGAAUUCCAGUUUGGAAAAACAGCCUUGCGAUUUCAUUUCCCGGUGCUUGACACAGUGACUUCAUACCUUCUUGCAAUUUCCAAUCUGCAUUACUUCAUCAUCUUGCCCCUUGCUGUCUGUUGUAACCUGAAAUUGUAUGUAAGCAUAAUGUCCGUUAGUUAAGAAAGUGGUGAUGUUAGUGUACGUCUCGUCCACCAUCCAUCCUCUAUAGCCCUGUGUUAAUGGACAAUCAUGAAAAUGAAAUAAAUCCCCUCCAAUACCAAACAUUGGUGUCAAAGUGA